AUGGCGUCUCUCAACUUCACAUAUCCUAAUCGCAAGAGGUUCUCGGCUACUGACAGCAUCAAGCGUGAAUCUAACAGAGUUUCGAGCUUGUUCACAGACCUCAGCAUUACCCCUCACAUCCUCCCUUACCUCUUCGACCAUGACAUUACACACCGGCCGCUCUCGUCGUUGGCAGCUCCUCAAGGUACCUCAACGCCAGGACACAUAGAUGACACGAUCGGUACACCUCUCCAUACUUAUUCAGAUACAACAGUACAUACCCUACAGACAGAUGGCGGCGAGCUGGAAAAGCAGUCACCUACGGGGACUACCCCAAGAACAACAAGCACAAGUACAUGUACAAGCGAUCUGAAGCCAGGAAAAGAUCCCAAUCUCAUUGAGUUUAGUGACCUCGACCCCUCCUUGGAGCCUAUGAGAUGGAGCAGCGGAUACAAAUGGGUGGUCACGGUCAUCAUGGCGAUAUUGACUUUGGCCAUAACAUUCACGAGCAGCAUGUUCAGCACAGGUGCCGAAGCUGUAGCCGAGGCAUUUCAUAUCAGCAGGGAAGUCACCGUGCUGGGAACUAGUCUCUACGUUGUGGGUUUCGCGUUCGGACCAAUCUGCUGGGGACCUAUGUCUGAGCUCUUCGGCCGUCGCGCUCCAUUGUUGAUUGGCGUCUUUGGCAUGAGCUGUCUCCAGAUUGGUGUUGCGGUAGCACAGAAUGCCUACACAAUCUUCAUCUGCCGCUUCCUGGCGGGGUUCUUCGGCUGCUCCCCACUUGCCGUCAUUGGAGGCGGCAUCGCUGAUAUUUGGGACGAGACUGAGCGAGGGGCCGCGAUGGGCCUCUUUGCAGUCAUGACCUUUGCUGGACCAGUCAUAGCGCCUGUGGUUGGCGGUUUUGUGGUCGAAAGUUAUCUCGGCUGGCGGUGGACAGAGUGGUUGACAGUAAUCUUUGGUUUCUUCUGCUUGCUGAUAGGUGCUAUCUUCAUGCCUGAAACAUACGCACCAGCUGUACUGCAUCGAGAAGCCAAGCGACUCAGAUACCAGACCAAGAAUUGGGCUAUUCAUUCGAAAGGGGACGAAAACUAUAUUAGCGGCAAGGUUAUCUUGGAAGUGUACUUGACCCGGCCAUUCAGGAUGUUCUAUUUGGAGCCCAUCCUCGUCCUCAUCACGUUAUAUAUGAGCCUCGUAUACGGCAUCCUCUACCUGUUCUUUGUCGCCUUCCCCAUCUCCUUCAACGAAGACCGCGGCUGGUCUUCAGGCAUAGGCUCCUUGCCAUUCCUCUCGCUCUUUAUUGGCGUUAUAGUUGGCGGAGGCUACAUAGCCAUCUGGAGCAAACUCGUCUACAUGCCCAAACACCGUGCCCUAAAUGGCCGUGUGUCCCCCGAAGCUCGCCUUCCGCCCAUGUUUCACGGCGGCAUCGUCGUCACCAUUGGCAUGUUCUGGUGGGCCUGGUCCUCCUUCCCAGACGUCAAGGCGCUGUGGGUAAGCCAGUGUAUCGCUGGCAUUCCCAUUGGAGCGGGCAUCAUCAUGGUGUUCGUGCAGUCACUGACGUAUAUGGUCGAUUGCUAUAAGUGGUUGGCGAACAGUGCCAUUGCGGCGAAUACGUUCUUUAGAAGCUUAGCGGGAGCAGGGUUCCCAUUGUUCGCCACCGCGAUGUUUCAUACGUUGGGAACGCAAUGGGCAACUAGUGUUUUGGGAUUUUUAUGUGCGGCGAUGAUUCCUGUGCCGUUGAUUUUCUAUAAGUAUGGGAAGGUGAUACGGAGGAAGAGCAAGUUUGUUCCUGAUGUGGGUCCGUGA